GAAGAAGAGCCUGAUGUGGGCUGACUGCAUUGUCAUCGCUGGCGCGCUCCUGGUCGGCUUCAGCAAGAUGGCUGACUCUUUCGAGAUGGUGCUGGCCAGUCGCCUUUCCUACGGAGUCGCCGCCGGGAUCUGUCUGAACGCGACGGCGCCGUUCCUGGUGGAGAUCUCUCCCAAAAGGCUGAGAGGCUUCGCCGUCGCGAUGUCGGUGGUCUUCUUCUCGCUGGGAAAAGUCUUGGGACAAAUCAUGGGCUUGAGGGACGUCUUUGGGGGCCCUUCUCGGUGGCCGCUCCUCCUGGGCCUCUCCGGCCUCCCGGCCUUGGUCCAGCUGCUCCUGCUCCCACUUUUCUCAGAGUCGCCCGCGUUCCUCCUGCUCCAGAAGGGGGACAAGGAGGGCUGCCUGAGAGCCAUGCGGACCCUCUGGGGCGAAGGGGACCCCCGCGGCCACGGCCUCCAGGCCCAAGCGGAGGAGAUGCGGAGGGAGUCCUCACCCGGACGCCGCGGGGCCCUUCAGGUGAUGGGGGACCCGGCCCAGCGGAGGCCCCUGGCCCUCUCCAUCCUCCUGGCCCUCAGCCUCCAGCUCUGCGGCCUCAGUGCAAUCUACUUCUAUGCCUUCGAGGUCUUCCGCACGGCCAGGAUCCAGGAGAACCUCAUCCCUUACAUGACUUUGGGCACUGGCUCUUGCGAAUUUGUGGCCGUCCUGCUCUGCAGCGCCAUUAUUGACCGCUUUGGGCGGAGGGUCCUCCUUUGGGGUGGAUUCGGGAUGAUGGGCGUCGCAAUGGCCCUCCUGACCCUCAGCCUCUCCUUGCAGGACCGCUUUCCUUGGCUCUCCUUCGCCAGCGUCGCCUUCAUCUUCCUCUUCAUCUUCUUCUUCGGCGUCGGACCCUGUGAGUCCAGGCCCCCAAAAGCCCCUUCUCGACAAUAGAGAUUGCAGUCCCUAUAAUACAUUGCCAUGGUCUCUCUCUGGAUGCCUUCGGCUUGAAUGCCCUCUCUUCUUACUAUCCAUUUCAUUCUGUUUUGCUGUUGCAACGAUGCCGAUCAGCUCUUCCUGCGCUGCCCCCCAAUCGCCCCCCCUGGUUGCCUCCAUGGCCUCCCUGUUCGCUCUGAGGCCGAGAAAGUGUCACUCCCCAAGGGCACCCUCGGUGGGGCGGGAUUCAAACCCUGGCCUUCUGGAGACCCUGAGGCUGC